AUGGCUUCAGGCGCACCCCAGGCCUUGGCCUCAGAGGAGGAGGAGGAGGAGGAGAUCGCAGCCGUCGAGGGUUCUGGGGAACAGGAGGCCCUUGGUUGUCUCCCCUGCACACCGUGUGUGCGGACCACCGCUUCUCCCUGGCGGCCAUGGAGCAAGUUUCGGGGCUCCAGACAGCCUGGAUCGGGGAGGGACCCCCUGGUGCUCCUGCGGUUGCCAGCCCCGGCUUCCAGACCGUCCAGCCCAAUCCCCACCGUUGCAACCCGGCCUUUGCAGCCCCAAGUGCGGCCUAAACCGUGGCACUGCCAAAGGCGAGACAUCCUGGACCAGAAUCAGCUGCUCCGCUACCUGCAGCUGACCCAAAGCAGAGAGGAGCGCCUGUGGCGGAGUUGCUGCCCCCAGUCUGAGAUCUGCCAAACCUUCCAGAACCUCGUGUUAUGGCUCCUGAACAUUGAGAACAUCUUUAGCUUCAACCAAGCUACAAUGAACCUGGCUCUCACCAUCUUGGUUCACCUUCUGGCCUCUGUGAAGGUAAGAGAGCGUUUACUCCAUAUCGUCACAAUUACUUCCUUGAGGCUUGCUGUCAAAAUUAAUGAAGAAGAGGAGUCAAUCCCAUGUGUGAAAGAUUUCAUAGAGCACUAUGGCUCCGGCUAUAGGCCAAAUGAGUUGCUGAGGAUGGAGUUGGCCAUUCUGGACACACUGUAUUGGGACGUCCACAUGGGGACAUCGCUGGACUUUUUGACUACAUUCCACGCCCUGGUGGUCCUGACAUGGCCCCAUGUGGUAGAACUGUUGCCUCAGAAAAAUCCUUCUCUCCACGUCGAGUCCCUGACCAGGCAGCUACAACACUGUAUAGCAGGCCACCAGCUACUGCAGUUCAAAGGUUCCACACUGGCUUUGGUCAUCAUCACCUUAGAGUUGGAGAGGCUCAUACCCGACUGGUGUGCUCCUACAUCUGAUCUGCUAAAGAAAACACAGGUAAACAUCAACUUUGCCCCCAGCAUCCCCCUGGACAAGCAUCUGUCUUUUAUCCCCUUAAACUGA